CACACCUGUCACUUAUUAGGAGUCCAAACAAGCCUCGACUCUGAAAAACACAACAUGCUCUCCUUUGCUGGAAUAACACAGAAAAUGAACUCUUUAGAGUUUUCCUUCAUCUUUUUCAUCCUGGUGCCUCACACCAUAUCGUUUGGAUGGUGCCAUGAUAUUUCCUUCUCGAUCUGCUGGAUGGACAACAACCAUGUCCUGGAAAGGCAGGAUGUGAACAUAUGGCUGAAUGACACCGCAUUAGGAAACAUCAGGAAGGAGGGGAAGGUCACCUCUCUGACAGUGUCUCCAGGUGUUGAAAACAAGCUCACCCUUCAGUUUGGAGGCAACGUUGAGGCAUGGACUUUAAGAAUUAGCCCACGGACAAGGUUCACUGAGAUCAGAGGCCGGCAGAAACCCCAAGAGAAACCAACAAGUGCUACCAAGGGGUUCUUGGAGAUGCUGAGCACCACUGAAGUGUUUGCAUGUGAGAAUAGCACAUUAUUCUUAUACCAGGACGACCACUUCUUCCUUGCAAUUGGCCACACUAUGCGUUUCCCCAUCCAACUGGAGUCCAGGAGUCCCUCCAUGCUGCUGGUUUCCUGGGUGGAGAACCCUCCAUCAUCAUCCAGUCUCACUGUGAAUCUUUACCACAGUGAGCUGGGUUCAUAUAACACUCUCAGCAAGGACACAACCACAGACAACCAUUACCGCUUCACUGCUCUGGAGUCCUGCAGCAACUACGUGGCCUGUGUGGAGACUCAGACCCUCACCUGCCUUUCUACUAUCACCGACCCAGACACUCCCAGAGACUUCGAGGUGACGUUGUUUAACGGCAGCAGCAUGUCGUUGGCCUGGGAUUGUCCUGAAAACAACAAGUUGUCCUCCUUCCUGCUCACCACCUUCCACCUGGACGGUUUGAACCACGUCACGGAGGAAGUGCUGUCGCUGCACAACAAAAACGACUUUGUGUUCAUGUUAUCGAACCUGGAGCCGUGCGGGAGGGUCAGGUUCGGCUUUCAGACCGUUUGCCAGAAAGGGAUCGAGUCCCGCUACAGCAAGAUGGUCCUGAACGAUGGAAACUCUGCUCUCUCCAGCAUCGAGGCCCUGCAUCAGUCAUCGUUCGGCCCCGAUAAGUACACCCUGAUCUGGGAGGUGAGGAACACGUCGUCCAUCUCCUCCUUCAGAGUCCACCACCAGGGGGAGCUGCAGGGCUCCACGCUGAGCACCAGCUUCACCGUGGGGGGGCUCCUGCCAUGCCAGCAGUAUGAAGCCAGGGUGGAGGCGAUGUGUGGAGACGGAGUUCUCAUGAGCUCCGAGACAAUCACAGCACACACAGGCCCUCACGGUGUUUCUGAGCUCAGGUAUCGCUCCAACGACUCCACCGCUCACUGGAUCCCAAACAGCGCCCAUCAUGAAGCCGUGGCCUUUCUAUACGAGUUGUCUCUGGAGAACGGCAUCACCAUCCAGAGCAGCAGAAUCACAGAUACAGAGCUGAGUCUCUUUGGGCUGGAAGAAGGAAAGAAAUACCUGCUGGAGUUGUGGGAGGAAUGUGGCGUUCAGUGGGAAUCGGAGCAUUCCCAAUUGUUAUUUGAGGGACGCAACAUGCCCUUCGAGAUCCUUGGGAGGGCGGCUGCUUCAUCGCCUCUAAACCACGAUUUCUCCAUCAUUGGUCUCAAAAUGGUUGUUCCCUGGUCUCUACCGGAGGAUCUACUGGAAGACGAUUCAGAGCCGAGAGCGGAGAUGGGAAACAUUUUCAAAGAUAAGCUGGAGGAGUUGUUAAGAGAUUUCGUUCCUCCGGCCCGCAUUGAACUCGCCACCUUUGAACCUGCGGACGACCCGGACAAAACAGAAGUUCUCUUCAUGUCUUUUGAUGCAUCCAAAAUUGACGAAGACAUUCCCCUUCCUGUCGAGGAUCAGCUCGACUACAUUCACUCCCUGAACAGAAGCGACUGGAUCAUUACAGAUGGCGUCAUUCACUGGGACGGUCCAGAUGUGUGUGCUUCCUUCCAGCGAUAUGUGUGUCCGCCUGAUUCGCUGUGCAUCAACACCUUUGGCUCGUACACCUGUGUGUGUAAACAUGAACACUACGAUGUGAGCUCUGUGUCGGAGCCGCUUCCAACUUCAAAUCCACUCUGCGUUGAGAAAGGCCUUUUCAGCCAGUGUCUGAAUAAAUUAGUGAUCUGCGCGAUAGCAAAACCGUUCCUGACGUCUUCCCUCGGGGGGAAGGUGGACGUGAGGCUGAACGAUGGCAGCUGCGCUAUGGAAGAGAACGAGAUGUUUUACUACUUCCGCACCCCACGAAAAAACUCUGAAUGUGGGACUGAGAGGCGGGUGAACAGAUCCCACAUCGAAAUAAAAAACACUCUGAAUGUGACUUUGAGCAAAGAGCAAACCAUCAGCAGGCGGGAUCUUCUGGUCGUGUGGAAGUGUGUCUACCCUCGACAUUAUGUCCGCAAUGCUCAAGUCAGGGUGGGCAAGGAGUGGCUCUCCUCCAUCUCCCUGGUGGAGUUUAACUCCUCCCUGCAGCUGGGUCUCACCAUGACUCUGUUCACUGAUGAGUCCUACACAUCCAAAUACAUCCAGGCUGUCACCAUUGCACCGGAGGACAAUCUCUUCCUCCAGGUGGCGCUGCAGAGCGAGAACUCUUUUGCUGCAGAUGUGUUCCUGCAGGUGGAGUCGUGCUGGGCCACGGAGAGCACCGACCCUCAGGACAACAUCCAGGGUUUUAUUCUUCAGGACGGCUGUGCUGUAGAUGAAACGUUCCACUGGCUUUCCGUUAACGGCCAGGCACAGAAAAGCAGAUUCUCCAUCCAGAUGUUCAGUAUGCCCAGAGGACUGCCGCUCUACAUCCACUGCCUGGCCAACAUCUGUGGACCCCAUGAAGACUGCACAAAGAGUUGCAGCAGCGAGCAGCGGUCCAAAAGGUCAGCGAGUCAGAAGAGGAGAGACGGGAAUCGAGCCGGCAUCGUGUCCGCUGGUCCUCUGAUGGUCAAUCAGAGGGGGACGUCAGGAGUCCCACCGUCUUAUUGGGCAGAUCACAUGACGAUGAUCGCCAUCGUUGCUGGAUCAAUCGGCUUUUUGGGAGUAACUGUCCUCACCAUGUGUGCAACCAAACCAGUCAUGACUUAUUUUGAGCGACUACGACAGCAAUAAAGUGUUUGGAAAAGCA